CAAAUUGGAAGGUUUCUUCCCAGGUUUGGACCCCCCUGGCCGCCUCCUGCCCCCAACCCCUGGCCUCCCUUAUGGGACAUCUCAGACACUCCCAACAGGUCCCCCAACAACUGCACAGCUACCCCCUGGAGUACGGAUGAGCCUGGAGAACAGUGAGCUCUGGAAGCGGUUCAGUGGCAUUGGCACCGAGAUGAUAAUCACCAAAGCAGGCAGGAGGAUGUUUCCACAGCUAAAAGUUUCAGUCACAGGCUUGGAUCCUGAAGCUAAGUACCUACUGCUGGUGGAUGUCGUUCCUGUAGGAGGUUCCCGCUACAAGUGGCAUGGCAAAAAGUGGGAAGCCAGUGGCAAGGCAGAAUUACCACCUCCAGACCGGGUUUAUAUCCAUCCUGACUCACCUGCAUCAGGUGCCCACUGGAUGCGCCAACCUGUAUCUUUCCAUCGGCUGAAGCUCACCAACAAUACCCUGGAUCCUCAUGGACAUUUGAUCGUUCAUUCCAUGCACCGUUACCAGCCCAGAGUACAUGUGGUGGGAGCUGGAGGGCGCCGCGGAGCAGGCAGUGGCUGUGCUUCCUUCACCUUUCCUGAGACACAGUUUCUGACUGUCACAGCCUACCAGAACCCACAGAUCACUCAGAUGAAGAUAGAAAGCAAUCCCUUUGCAAAGGGCUUCCGUGAGAAUGGUAUGAACAGCAAAAGGGAGCGUGAGGCCAGAAUCAAAAGGAAGAUGAAGAUUAAUGAAUGCGAAGCAAACCAGGGUGAAAGUGAGAGCAAGAAAGGCCCUUGUGACUCCACACUGACAGAAGAGGGGCCUCUGGAGCAACAGCCACCCCCUGCACUUCCACAGCCUUCCUGUUCCUUCUACCCCACCACAGGAAUUAAUCUCAAUGGGGCCGAGGCUUAUGUACAACAUCCAGCUGCUUUUCAUGGUUUAAGGGGGCCAUCAUCACCUUAUGAGAGCCCCAGCCAAGAAAUAGCAGCUCCUCCAUCUUCUCCCCCUACCAAACCUCCUCCUGAGCAAACGGAUUUCAGAGCAAUGCUCCCAGCAAGCUGGCCCAGUUUGGAUAUGGUUCCUUUCCUUGCAAGUGCAGAACCAGCGGAAGCUUCCUCGUUCUCUCCUUUCAAGUUCAGUUUUGCACCCUACCCGCCUCCACCUCGUGUCUAUGGACCUCCAUCUGGCUACCCUGGCUCACAGCCACCGAUGCUUUAACCCCUGCACAACCUGGAUACCUGCAUUUUUAUUUCUUUCUGCUUGCAAAAUUUCAUGUUUUCCUCUUCCAUUUAAGAAAGUAGAAUUUGAUUAUAUCCUCAUAGUUUAUAUAAUUAAAUCCCAAAAGGCUGCAAAGGACUGUACAUUUUUUUUCCCCAUAGUGAAUAUAAGGAAGUUGUGAUGCACGCAUGCAAACUUUCUUUUUUCAGUUAUUUCCGAACAGAAAAUUUCUAUUCAAUAGAAGUGGUAGCUGACUAAGUGGUAGCUAUGCUUCAGCUAUCCCUUUUAGAACAUCUUACAAUGACAGAUUAAUGAACAUGUUUUACAUAUGUCUGCACAUGUCAUCUUAGCAUUGAUAUUGGAGCAGUGAUACAUGUGGUAUGGCAACAGCAUAAGAACUAGCAACUUGCUUAGGGUUUUUCUUUUAAUAUUUAUUUUUAUUGGAUGUUAACAAAAUCCCAUAGCUGGCAGAACUCAUUUGCCUUGAUGAGAGGAUGCGAAUUCUCUUAUUUUCAUCUGCAACCAUAGUAAUGUAUUAAAAUCAUCUUCCUUUCUCUGCCAUUACCAAAUUAGUUAGGAAAUUAACUAUCAUAAGAAAAGACAUAUUUGCAGGUAUUUCUGUAGCACUCGUUCAGAAAUGUGGCAAUACAAAUACACAAUGUACAAGAUACUCGAUUUUUCUUAAUUUUAUUAUAAUUUUUUAUCUAAAAGUUGUAAAUAGGAAAAACAAAAUAAAAUUAGAGCAAGAGACAGAUCAUGGGAGAUGGCAGGAAAUUCCCCCUUCUAACUCUAAAUAGAUACCUGGACUGCACAUUCCUUCACAGGAAUAAGGUAAAGAAGGGAAGCAGAAGAUGUCAGCCUGGGGAAUUACAGGGGUGGCUACCUCAUCCCCACAGGGGCAGAAGAUUAGAAGGAGAAAAGAGAAAACAUGUCCCAUUGGUCAAAUUCAUUAGCAUGAUGUGGUCCCAAUCUCCACAGUCACGGAGAAGGAGAAGAAAGUAAGAGAACCAGAUCUGCCAACAAAAGAUUUAAUAAAUCCAUUCACCAAAGCUGAAUGGAUUCCAGAGGGCAUCUGGAGCCCCCAGUGACC